AUGGCCGAGGCCGAGGCUGUGUACCGCUACGAGUCCGGAAACAUCGCGCAUGCUCCCAAGAAGGAUUACGGUCCCUUAGACUUCACUGGAAAGCUGGCGGGGGGCUUGCGACUCGACAUCCGCAGGCGAGCACCGCUGUACUGCAGUGAUUGGACAGAUGCCUUCAGACCGGAGAACUUCCAGAAAUCGGUAUCGUCCAUCUUGUAUUUGUUCAUCGCAGCCCUUGCCCCUGCGAUUACGUUCGGCAGUCGGUUCCUUGACGGCACGAACGGCCAGUUCGGAGUGAUGGAAAUGAUCAUGAGUACAUGUAUCAGCGGUUUGAUCUUCUCGACUUUUUCCGGUCAGCCCCUCUCGAUUCUUGGAGCCACCGGUCCGUUCUUGGCCUACACGCUUGUCGUCUAUGAUCUGGCAGUUGCCGUGGACGUGGAGUUCAUGCCAUUUUACUUCUGGACAUGCAUGUGGUGCUCCCUCUUCACUGUCUUGGUGGCGGUCUUCGACUUGUGUGCGCUCAUGAAGCACGUCACUAUGUUCAGUGAAGACAUCUUCGCUG